UCUGCGCUAGCUAGCUAGCUAGCUUGUAGCUCUCGGUGCAUCCUGACGGUCGCUGAGGACCGGAGCGAUGUGAGGCGCGUGACCGCGGGAGGGAAGCGAUUGUCGGGUCCUGAACACAGACUGGACCCCUCAGGAAGGAGGUCCGAUGCUACAUGAUGUGGAACAUGUGUGUAGGCGGUGGGUCUCCUGACAGAAACACGUCUGCUAGUGUGAGAAGGAGCUGCACAUCAGUACUGAGACUAAUGAGCUGCAGCCUCUGACCGUAAUCCCUGUGAAAGGAGGUGGGCGGGGCUUACAGGUAGACCACACCGUCACCCCAUGACGUCACGAGGCGGCCGCAGUGAAACGGUCCAGACAGCAGCAGUAACAGGAACCAUGGUGACCAAGAAAAUCCGGACGGAGUACAUGAAGAGGUUCAGGGAUCCCAAAUGGGAGACGUUUUCCAAGUGUUACGAGGACUCCCUGAAGUACCGUCUGAGCCGGCGGGUGAUGGAGCAUUCCCACAAGCCCUGGUUCUGGGAGGGCUGGGACAGCAGCUCGGGAUCCAGCGGCUGGUCCACGCCGAGGCCGAGCCGCAACAAAACCGCGCCCCUGUCCGUCGCCCGGCCGGCCGCGGGGGCGAAGCCGAGGACGGACCCGCCUUCUGGGGAAAGGAGAGGCGGAGAAGUGGCCGGAGAAGCGGGCGGAGGCGCUGCGCCCGCCGCAGUUGUAGAAAACGGCGUGAGCGAGGACGGUGGCGGGUCUGCGGCGGCGGUGGCUCCGGACCCCGGCGGGUCCUCGGGGGACGCGGACAGCGGCCCCGCCGACUCCACGUCCUCCGAGGGGGAGCCGACGAACUCGCCGCCGAAGCGACGGCCCCGGCGCCGCACCCCCCCUCGCCAGGACGGCCCCCCCGCCGACGAACCGGCCGCGCCCCGCAAAACGCCGAGAGCGAAGAGCCAGCCGCCCAUCGGCGCCAAGGAGAGCCGCAGGCCGCCCGGCCGCCCGGACUGGGCCGAGAGACACGCGGAGGUCAAGAGGGCGCCGAAUGACAUCCUCACGUCUGACGCCUGCGUUCAGACCCGGCGGGCGUCCGGUAAACGGGCCUCGGAGCCGGACCGGCGGCGGGCUCGCUCUGCCGACCUGGAGAAGACGAGGACGUCUCAGCUGACGGCGGUGGACGACCGCUGGGUGACGGAGUACAUGCGCUGCUUCUCCGCCCGGCUGAGGUAGAGACGGGACCCCCGUCCCCCCCCAGAGCCACGUCUCCUUAUCGGGACAAAGUGAGAACCACGUUGUCUUCAGAGGGAACAAACACCAAGUUUAUAUUAUUAUUAUAUUCUGUAUCUCUAAAUCUCCCCAUCCACUAUUUAUAUGUGUGUUUUUUGCUCGACAGCAGGACACUUUGUUUUUGAUGUCUCUUUUACUUCAAGGAGUAGAACUGAUUGUACUUUAUUUAUUCUGCUGCUUUUCUCUUUAUGUUCAUAGUUUUGUUUGACGAAAGGCAGCUGAGUGUUUGUGACUCAAAGGCAGCAGAAACGGACCAAACUCAAGUAUUUUUGAUAUUUGACUAUUUUGGACCUCAUGUUUAGAUGAGAAUAAGCUACACAGAAACAAUAUGUACCAAAUAAGUAUUUAUUAUGAUGAAUUAUGAAGUAUUUACGAGUAUUUUCUGAGUAGAAACUAUAUUUAAGAUGUGCUGCCUUUAUGAUUCACUUGAAUAAACUUUUAGUUCACAUUUGUUUUAACGAGGAUGAAAACGCUAAAACCAAAUCCUCUUAAUUCACACGUAAGUCUAAUGAACCAAAAGUAUCAGACUCUUUGCUUCAGUACAAUUUUAGAUAAUAACAGAUUAAUUUAAAUGCAACAAUGUAAUAUUGUUAAUUCAUGUCGCUGAAAACAGCUGAAGAUUAAUUUAUUAGAAAACAAGCUACAAGAUAGUUUGCUGAAGUUUUAUUUAGCGGAGGAAUGAAGACUGCCGGCUUAUUAAACUUUCAUCCGUCGAUCAUUAAUUCAAAGCAGUAAUCAUGAAGCAGCUUUGAAAGACAAUUUAAAGUGCUUUACACAUGAUUGACAGGACCAAAACAAGAGGAACACGGAGCGAAGAUAAGAGAAAAAUGAAAUACUUAAAAUGACGUGAUUGUAUUGUGUGUAUUUAUCGAGUGGAGUCAUCACUAACUGAACUGAUCACAUGACCAGAUUAAUCUGGAUCGAUCUGCUCACCGAGUUCAAGUCUUCUUUUUCCAGUUAAAUCAGAAUAUUAUAAAGAAUGUGCUGAGUAUCGGGAUCCCUCAAAGUAACUACCGGGAUCUAAUUUAUAUUACAGUGAAUAAAUAAUCAAGGGAUCUUAACAGGAAACUGUUAAUGAGGAAUUAAAGGGAAAUAAUGUUCAGUUUGGGUCCAUUUGACGUUUAGAUUUAAAUCAAACCGACUCAGAAGAAAAGAUUUGACUGUUGGAACCAACGAUUGUAAAGAAAUGUCAGCGCGACUCAGAGGGCUAAAGUUCACGUUCACACUUAAUUUAAAGUCACUAGUUGAUUUUAGAACCUCGUCACUCUGAAUGUGCAAAACUAUCUUUCCAUUUUAUAUUUCCCUUUGAACAUGAAAAAAUGUUUCUUAAAAGUACAGAAGACCCUUAAAUAUGAAAAAGAAUCCUGUUUGUUUCUACGUUUACACACAGACUCAUUAGUUAUAAAAUGUUUCUUUAGAACAACGUGGUGUUGUGAGCAAACGUCUCAGGUACAAAUACGAUGUUAAUAAAGUCAAAAGUGUUUGAUUCUCUGUGCGGUUUCUGUUUUGGGGCCCGAUGAGACAAAAUGUCUGACAAUCACAGUAAAGUAUCGUAUUCAAACUAAAGAUUAAUAUAAAUGAUGCACUGUGGGAGAAAGUUGCUUUCAUUGGUUUGCUGGAUCUCUGAAGCUUUGACUCAUUUUAUCAGUUAACGUUUAUAUUUUGUGUAACUAUCUGAUAACGUGCACUAAUCACACUGCUGUGAGUGAAUCAUUUGAAUAGUUUAUAUUUGUCUGGUAUUUAAAUAUGGAAUAAAAUCUGUUUUUAUCUGCAUCA